CCGACCUCGAACUUGGCAACUUUUGGCUUUGGCGUUUGCUUCGGGACCUGGUCAAGCUGGCAGGCUGGUGCACCACAUGUGUUAGUUACUGCACCUACCACGGUAGUGUGAACCGGAUUCGAUUUUCGAUACGCACGUCCAUCCCGCAACCGCAGCAGUCUAGCCUGUUUCCUCCACCCGGCGAGUACCACCAGUUGGCUGCUGUCCUCUUCGUAUUUCCUCACCUGCAGCCCUGUCAUCAGCAUUACGGCCGAUCCACCAUCUUCGCCUUACUGUACGCUGAGCUCAGCACCGGCCCAGCCACACGGGCCAAGCCAGAAACGGGACACGGAGUACAGGACACUCACUCUAUCUGCCAGCUUAGUUCGGCCUCGCUUCCAACAGCCCUGCCCACGGCCUCGACCCGACCCGAUCCGACUCGACUCGACUCGACUCGACCUGGCCCGACUCUUGACCCAGCCUCGAUCUUAACCUUUCAACAGCCUGCCCGGAAUCGCAUUGUAUCUGGCUUCAUACAUUCUCGAGUCCGCAUGCGCAAGGCGUGGAUGGAGUAAGAGCCGCAUCUCGCCAGCUGGCCCAUACGCCAGAGAUCGUCGCCUGCUCUCGUUCCCCAGCUCCAAUCUAUGACACUCCUCCCAGUAACUGGCUUGUGAGACAACACAGUCGCACUCAUGGCGCGUGCCAUGGGGCCCGUUCGUAUGAAGAAGGCGAACCCCUUGACUCUCGCCAUCGGCGCCGUCUUGGGCAUCUUCAUCCUCUACUUCCUCAUCGUCCCCUCGGGCUCCGCCGCUGGCGGCAGUGGCAGCGGCAUCUCCCUUGCCAACGUCAAGAAACCCACCGUCGCCAGCCAUCCUCUGUCCCCGCCGACCUCGCCUUUCCGGAAACCCAUCGCCGACAAGAAUGGCAGAUCUGCGCCCCCGCCCGUCGUCCACUACAAUCUCAACAAUGUCACAAUCUCCGCGAACCCCAUCGAGAAUAACGAGAACGUCCUCAUCCUCACCCCGAUGGCUCGCUUCUACCAGGAGUACUGGGACAACCUGCUGAGACUCACGUACCCCCACCAGCUCAUAACAUUGGGCUUCAUACUGCCCAAGAACAAGGAAGGAAACGAGGCCACAUCAUUACUGCAGGCGCAAAUAGCAAAGACACAGAAGUCUGGUCCCGAGAAGGACCGCUUUAAGAGCAUCAUCAUUCUCAGGCAGGACUUUGACCCGCCGCUGGCCUCGCAAGACGAGGCUGAGAGGCACAAGAUGCAGAACCAGAAACCCCGGCGCGCAUCCAUGGCCAAAGCGCGCAACUCCCUCCUCUUCACCACCCUCGGACCAUCCGUGUCCUGGGUUCUGUGGCUGGACGCCGAUAUUGUCGAGUCCCCACCCGACAUGAUCCAAGACCUCGCUGCUCACAAUAAGGCCAUCAUCGUCCCGAACUGCUUCCAGAGGUACUAUGACGAUAACAAGAAGGAGAUGGCUGAGCGUGCAUACGACUUCAACAAUUGGAAGGACAGCCCCACUGCCCAGGAGAUGGCGAGCAAGAUGGGCAAGGAUGAAAUCCUGCUGGAAGGCUACGCUGAGAUGCCCACGUUCCGAGCGCUCAUGGCAUACAUGUACGACGAACGGGAAGACCAGCACCUUGAGGUUGAGCUGGAUGGUGUCGGAGGCACGGCAGUGCUGGUCAAGGCAGACGUACACCGUGACGGAGCCAUGUUCCCUCCUUUCCCGUUCUACCAUCUCAUUGAAACGGAGGGUUUCGCAAAGAUGGCAGCGCGGUUGGGCUGGAAGUCUAUCGGUCUUCCCAACUACAAGGUCUACCACUAUAACGAAUGAUGUAACAACAUUACAGUCUACUCACUCCAUUAUCAUUAUAAUCAUCAGAACAAGCACCGUCAUCAUCCCAGUCGGCGUCGGAUUGUCUUACUACAGGUCUGGAAAAUCCCAUGCAUUGAAAGUCGCACGGGGAGGCCAUGGACCACAUCAGAAUCAUUCCAGGUCGGCACGCACCGAGCCGUGCUAUGAGCAUCACGGCGAACGGGGCGGAACACUAGACGGUGUAUGCUGGUUUUGGCAUUCUAUUUUAUUCGUUAUCCGGCAUCUGGUAGACACUGAGUGAAACGCAAUGCAAGGAAUGGCGUCCUGUGAAUGAGUUCGGGAGGUAACCAAGAGAAUUGGCUGGCCAUCUACGAGGUCUUAGACGGAGGGAGAGGGUCGUUUGAGCACGGCCAUCUGUAUGUGUGGUCGAUCGACUACAGGGUCUAGCGAAGCCUGCGGGAGCUGGUGUGUGAUGGUAGCACAAUCGACGUUGCGACUGCGAGAGCCAAUGCGCGGGGCAAUUGCCUCAUGUUGAGGGCUCCUAGUAUGAAAGAAACAUACCCAAAUGCUGACUGUUGGCCGCAACGCCGGAUUGCUCAGGGUGAAUCUUGAUAAGUGAGACCACGCACAUCUGCCCAUGCCAAUCCUAUGGACAUUGUCAUUGUGUACAUUGUGAACGUCUGAGGAAAUUCCUCUAGCCCCCAGAUAUAUCCAAACUCCAGACUCCGUGCCCAGCCAGCCAGCCGUUCCUCAUCUCAAUUUCCCAAUCGGGAACCCUUGAUCACCCACGUCGAGGCCCAUGCAUGCUCCGCCCGCACCCCGACACCAACGGGCGAGCUCCGUCUCACAUACCCCAUGCACACAACACACACACACAGACACACACCCUCAUGCGCCGUCGUACCUCCCCUCGCGGGAGGAACACCACAGCUCCACCAGCCUCCGGGCGCCGACGGCGUCCCCGUCGCGGAGCAGGGCGGCGCAGUCGACGUUGAGCGGGGAGUCGACCUCCGGGUGGGGCAGCAGGCCCUCGCGGACAGCGCGGACCGUCUCGAGCACGCUGUAGGCGGGCGUCCACGCGUCGGCCAGCAGGUCCAGGCAGAUCUCGCCCGUGUCGAGGUUGAUGUUUGGGUGCACUAUGGGCGUGACGAAGCGCACCGCCGGCGGGGACAGCGGGUAGUUGGGCGGGAUCUUGAUCGAGAGGAGCCAGCGGCCUUCUGGAUUCGUGUUGCGUGCCGGGGUUAGUUGGUUUGUCUGUCUAUCUAGGUCGGGAUGAUGGAGUCUCAUAGGUCCUCUCCCUCGCUCUCCCCGCCCCCCCCCUUCUAUCCUGCCAGCUUGUGCAUGGAUGUCUCAAUGACUGACUGACUGGCUGACUGACUAACCUUCAUACCCGCCAUCAAUGCCUCGGCCGUUGAACACGGCCUCCCACACCAGCAGGUCCUCCUCGCCCACGGGGCCGAGCCGCUCGAUGCCCUUCUCGUCCUGCGCCUCUGCCCGCCACGUGUCCAGCUCUUUUAUGAGACGCCGCGCGGCUGAGCGCGAGGACGACGCGGACGCGGUGGACAUUUUCUUUUUUUUUUCGGGGCACCGGUCGGUCGAUUCAAUCGAUGGGGACAGCGGCGGCGGCGGCGGUGGGUCGGUCGGGGCGGGCCACACUCUCAGCUGCCCUUGCCUGCCCGAUUUCGAUAUUGGGGGGGAGGGGCGGGGAGGUAAAACAGCAGGCUACGACCAGUGCCCAGAUAUGACCAGAGCUUCGCUUCGUAUGUUCGUACUCGGUAUACGAUCGAUCCCCGAUUGGGCGGGCCGUGGGGAUGGGCGCCAGCUGAUGCGUGUCGUCUAGUUCGUCCUGGAUGUUUGUUGGACGUGUCUGACGUGUGUGCACUGAUUGCCAGCAGGCAAGUGACCUUGGAAGUGAG